AGAGCAGAGCCGAGGUUAGCUAGCAAGCAAGCAAGCGGUGGAGGGAAAGCUAGGUGGGAGAGAUGGAGGAGAGACUACUGGUGAUGAAAAAACAUAAUUAUUUAUUGGCAAUUAGAUUUAAUUUCAAUGUCCGUUAUUUUCAGUCAAUUCCCUUUUAAAUGAUGUUUUGUUUUCAUGCAACGUGCUAACGUUUAGCUGUAGAGCUAGCUACUGUACAGGUAGUAUCGUCACGUUCGCCUCCUGUUGCUAAACUAGCGGGAUUGAAUGAUAGUCUGGCUUUGCUCUCUGUCAAAAUAGUUUUUUUCCCUAUGGUCCUAAACAAAUUCUCACACAUACAAAACGCAGUUAGUAACUGUGUAGAACACAUAGCUAGUUGGCUAAAAAGAAAAGCAAAGGUACCGUUAUUUGGUCAACUAAGUUAGCUAACGUUAGCCUGCUAACUGGGCCUGGAAUGGAGCCAGGUGAUUUGCGUGUGAGCCCAGCAGGCUCCGGAGACCCCGAAGUGGGUGAAUGGAGGGAAGAGACCCCUGGUGGGGAUGCCGAGGUGAAGGGCGGGGAACCAAAUGACAAGGAAAUUAAUGGAGAUACAGCUGAAACGGUGCUCAAAGAGAAAGAAACCUGCGAGGGAGAAGAGUGUACAGCGAAAGAGAAGAACGAAGGUGAACUACACAGCCCAUAUGAAGAGGAAUUGGAUCCCAGAAUUCAGGUGAGGAAAGAUUGGCCGAACCCUUAUAAUAGAUUUUAAUCUCAAUGGGGUUUCCUGGUCUAUGCUUAUAGCUAAAGGUUAACAAAAUGAGUUGCAUGCAUGAGUAGAUAAACUGCAGUCUUGUAUGGUCAAUUAGCCUACUGUUGAUCAUUCAACAGGGGAGUGAUGUUUUGCUCAGUCCAUAAUGGCUAAUUCAGGAGAAUUAAAUCAAUGUUUGUGCACAUGCCACUCUUCUUUUAAAUAUUUUUUAGUUGUUAUAAUAUUUACUCACCUUUUCUCCUCAAUUUCGUGAUUUCGAUCUUGUCUCAUCGCUGCAACUCCCCAACUGCCUCGGUAGAGGCGAAGGUCGAGUCAUGUGUCCUCCUAAACAUGACCCGCCAAACCAUGCUUCUUAACACCUGCUCGCUUAACCCGGAAGCCAGCUGCAUCAAUGUGUCUGAGGAAACACCGUUCAACUGAAGACUGUAAUCAGCCUGCAGGCGCCCAGUCCGCCACAAGGAAUCGCUAGAGCGCGUGAGCCAAGUAAAGCCCCCCAGGCCAAACCCUCACCUAACCCGGACGACGCUGGGCCAAUUGUCCACCGCCCUAUGGGACUCCCGGUCACGGACGGUAAUGAUCGAACCUCAGGCUGUAGUGACGCCUUAGACUGCUGCGCCACUCGGGAGGCCCCAUGCCACUCUUUCUGAUAUCAUGAUGUGAUUAAUCUAUGUUAAUCUAUGUUGAAAUAAACAGGGAUUAUCCACCAAAUGUAACAGUGGUGCCAAGAGAGCUAAUAUUAACUGAUUGUGUUGUUACAAACCAACUAUUAAAUCUGCCUUCUCCUGUGCUCCCUCAUAUAUUUUCUGUUUCCAGGAGGAGUUGGAACACCUCAACGAGGCCAGUGUAGAAAUCAACCAACUAGAACUGCACUUGGAUGUAAGUAGAUAUCAUCACCUCUCCCAUGAUAAAUCUGGCCCAAUACAUCACCCCUUUCCGUACUGAUCAGGUUUUUCCAAAGAAUCAAUCGUCAGUUCAUUUUCAAUUCCUAUAACAUGCUUUAAACCCAUUCUUAAUCUGGAAAAUAUGCUUUAGAUUAGCAGAAAUGCCCAUUACAAUGAAAUCUGAUUAGGAAUUCCUUUUGUACAUGUGUAGGAUGCCAGAUCGGGUUACAGGAAGAUCCUCACAGACUCGGCCAGAAAACUGAACGCCCACAGCUCCCAGCUUGGUACCUGCAUCGAGAAGGCCAGGCCCUACUAUGAGGCUCGUCGACUUGCCAAGGAGGUACUGUUGUACAUGCACUGUGUGGGAUUUCAUGGCAUUUGCAACAACACAUUUCAAGAGUUCAUCUUUAAAUGAAUCAAAAUAUGGGAAUCGAUGCAGUAUUUGCCAUUCACCUGCUUGUCCCACUUUUCUCAAAUCUCAACAACAGUUUAAUUGUUUGUCCCCCGUGAUUGGUUGCUGUGCAACUGCAUGCCCUGUUUUCUCAGUAUCUGAUUGGCUGUCCCUCCCACAGGCUCAGCAGGAGACCCAGAAGGCGGCGCUGAGCUACGAGCGGGCUGUCUCCAUGCACACGGCUGCCAGGGAGAUGGUUUACGUGGCAGAGCAGGGCCUCAUGGCCGACGGCAAGAACACCCUGGACCCCACCUGGCAGGAGAUGCUCAACCAUGCUACCUCCAAGGUAACAGGGGAAACCCCAGCUACCGCUAUAACUGCAUCAAUACAAAAUAAAAUGUUUUCAUCAGCUAGUAUGUGAGCGAGCUGAUAUGGUAUUCAUUUAAUCAGUAUUUCCCUUACAAUCCCCACCCCACCGCCAAGUAGCUAUGUUCCCCCAUGACAAAAAUUUGUUUAAAUUAGUUUGGCAGUUAGCCUUGUUUGGCAACCCCAGCUGCCAGUGUAACCAAUAUUCCAGGUUGUGUUGCAUUCUGUAUCAUUGUAUCAUUGCAUCAAACGUGAUCAAUGUGUAAGCUAUUUGAGGUGGCUGAUACGGUAUACAUUGAAUCAGUAUUUUCCUUACCAUUCCCCCACCCCCCGGGUAGCUAUUUUCUCCCGUGCCUAAACUCUUUUGAAUUGGAUUGGUUUCAAUGAGCUAGGCAGUUCGUUUUGUUAGGUUGGUUGGGGGUUAGGAUACUGAUUGGGGUGUUUUCCCAUCUAAACAUUUGUGUUGUUGUGUGUUCAAGGUGAACGAGGCAGAGGAGGAGCGCCUACGCAGCGAACGGGAGCACAUGCGUGUCACCCACUCUUGUCAGACAGCAGAGGCUCGAGUCCAGACCCUGCAGAAAUCUCUCAAGAGGGCCAUCGUUAAGUCCAAGCCUUACUUCGAGCUCAAGGCCCAGUUCAACUACAUACUUGAGGUAAAUAGAUAUAUAAUAUACAGUGCAUUCGGAAAGUGUUCAGACCCCUUGACUUUUUCCACAUUUUGUUACUUUACAGCCUUAUUCUAAAAUGGAUUAAGUUAAUUAAUUCUACACACAAUACCCCAUAAUGACAAAGCGAAAACAUGUUUUUGUACAUUUUAUUAAAAAUUAAAAACAGAAAUAGGCACACACCUGUCUAUAUACGGUCCCACAGUUGACAGUGCAUGUCAGAGCAAAAACCAAGCCAUGAGGUCGAAGGAAUUCUCCGUAGAGCUCCGAGACAGGAUUGUGUCGCGGCACAGAUCUGGGGAAGGGUACCAAAAAAUGUCUGCAGCAUUGAAGGUCCCCAAGAACACAAUGGCCUCCGUCAGUCUUAAAUGGAAGAAGUUUGAAACCAUCAAGACUCUACAAACCGAGCAAUCGGGGGAGAAGAGCCUUGGUCAGGGAGGUGACCAAGAACCCAAUGGUUACUCUGACAGAGCUCCAGAGUUCCUCUGUGGAGACGGGAGAACCUUCCAUAAGGAAAACCAUUUCUGCAGCACUCCACCAAUCAGGCCUUUAUGGUAGAGUGGCCAGACGGAAGCCACUCCUCAGUAAAAGGCACAUGACAGCCCGCUUGGAGUUUGCCAAAAGGCACCUAAAGGACUCUCAGACCAUGAAAAACAAGAUUCUCUGGUCUGAUGAAACCAAGAUUGAACUCUUUGGCCUGAAAGCCAAGCAUCACGUCUGGAGGAAACCUGGCAUCAUCCCUACGGUGAAGCAUGGUGGUAGCAGCAUCAUGCUGUGGGGAUCUUUUUCAGUGGCAGGGACUGGUAGACUAGUCAGGAUCAAGGGAAAGAUGAACAGAGAAAAGUACAGAGAGAUCCUUGAUGAAAACCUGCUCCAGAACGCUCAGGACCUCAUACUGGGGCGAAGGUUCUCUUUCUCCAACAGGACAACGACCCUAAGCACACAUCCAAGACAAUGGAGGAGUGGCUUCGGGACAAGUCUCUGAAUGUCCUUGAGUGGCCCAGCCAGAGCCCGGACUUGAACCCGAUUGAACAUCUCUGUAGAGACCUGAAAAUAGCUGUGCAGUGACGCUCCCCAUCCAACCUGACAGAGCUUGAGAGGAUCUGCAGAGAAAAAUGGGGGAAAACUCCCCAAAUCAAAUUGUAUUUGUCACAUGCCCCGAAUACAUCAGGUGUAGACCUUACAGUGAAAUGCUUACUUAUGUCACGGCUGUUGAGAGACGGGUCAGACCAAGGUGCAGCGUGGUAUGCGAACAUGUUUAUUAAACUGAAUAUACACUGACAAAACAACAAAAGGCAACGAAACGUGACGUCGGAAGGCUAUACACAAACAAGCCAAACUCACCGAAACACAAACAAGAUCCCACAACCCAGGCAGGAAAACUGGCUGCCUAAGUAUGAUCCCCAAUCAGAGACAACAAGCGACAGCUGCCUCUGAUUGGGAAUCACACCCGGCCAAACAUAGAAUCUAAACAGAAAACUCACACCCUGACCCAACCAACCAGAGGUCUAUCGAUCAGGGCGUGACAGUACCCCCCCCCCAAAGUGCGUACUCCGGCCGUACCAACCUGACUCAUUAGGGGAGGGUCCGGGUGGGCAUUCAUCCUCGGAGGCGGAUCCGGCUCCGGGCGUGACGACCUCUCCCUCUCUGCCUCCCCGUUGCGCCCCUGGUCUGGUCUGGACCUCGGCGCGAUGCUUCCCCUCUCCUUCCUCCCACGAUGCACCAAGCCCUGUCUGGACCCUGGUGUGGGAGACCCCAAACCUGGAGAGGGGCUGACAGCUGGGCCUGGAUCGGCAAUCCUCCCGCGAUGCACCAAACCCUGUCUGGACCCUGGUGUGGGAGGCCCCGACCCUGGAGAGGGGCUGACUUCUGGGUCUGGAGUGGAGCCGCUGACCGGAGCUGGACUGGGCACCGGUGGAGCGGACUGCUUUGGCUCUGGAGUGGAAACCGUUGACCGGUGCUGGACCAGGCCCCGGUGGAAUGGGCACGGGCCGUGCCGGACUGAGAACACGCACCACUGGCUUGGUGCGGGGAGCAGGAACGGGCAGGGCCGGACUGGGGACACGCACCAUUGGCUUGGUGCAGGGAGCAGGUACAGGGCGUACCGGGCUGGCGACAUGCACCACUGGUUUGGUGCGAGGAGCAGGGACGGGCCGUACUGGACUGGGAACACGCACCACUGGCUUGGUGCAGGGAGCAGUUAUGGUCUACGGAGCUUUGCACACGCCCCUUGUUUUGGAACGAGCAUUCAUGACUGCGCCUACCGACUGGAACACGCUACCAUAACUUGGUACGAACGCAGGCACGAUAUGUAACCGGGCGGAACUGUACGUUAGAGAUCUCUGACUGUAACAUACUUUUAAAUCUCCACGCCCAGUCACUCCUCCAGUGAGGACUCCUCCUGAGCCCCACGAGUGCAUGGUCGAGGCUCUUCUUAUCGAUCCCGCCCAACCGUUUAGCCCCCCCCAAAAAAAGGUAAUUGGGGCCUCAUCGCAGCUUCCUCCCAAGCGCCUUUGUGUUCCCCUCUCUGGGGAGUUCUCCAUCAACCCGGGUCCUCCACCAGCCAAUUCCCAGGUAAAAUGACUUCCAGCACCUGGGACCAGGUGUCUGCUCCUGGCCCGUGCUUGAUCCAUUUUUGGGGGGAUCUUCUUACGGACCGUGAAAGACGGUCGACCAAGGUCACCAAUCGCGUGUAUGCGCUUACAAGCCCUUAACCAACAAUGCAGUUUUAAGAAAAGUAAGUGUUAAGUAAAAAAUAGAUAAGUAAAAAUAAAAAAACGAAUAAUUAAAGAGCAACAGUAAAAUAACAGUAGCGAGGCUAUAUACAGGGGGUGUCGGUACAGAGUCAAUGUGAGGGGCACAGGUUAGUCGAGGUAAUAUGUAUAUGUAUGUAGAGGUAAAGUGACUAUGCAUCGAUAAUAAACAGAGAGUAGCAGCAGGUUAAAAAGAGAGGGGGGGUGGGGGGGGGAGACAAUGCAAAUAGUCCAGGUAGCCAUUUGAUUAGCUGUUCAGGAGUCUUAUGGCUUGGGGGUAGAAGCUGUUAAGAAUCCUUUUGGACCUAGACUUGGCGCUCCGGUACCGCUUGCCGUGCGGUACCAGAGAGAACAGUCUAUGACUAGGGUGGCUGGACAAUUUUUAGGGACCUUCCUCUGACACCGCCUGGUAUAGAGGUCCUGGAUGGCAGGACGCUUGGCCCCAGUGAUUUACUGGGCCGUAUGCACUACCCUCUGUAGUGUCUUGCGGUCGGAGGCCGAGCAGUUGCCAUACCAGGCGGUGAUGCAACCAAUACAGGUGUGCUAAGCUUGUAGCGUCAUACCCAAGAAGACUCGAGGCUGUAAACGCUGGCGAGGGUGCUUCAACAUAGUACUGAGUAAAGGGUCUGAAUACUUAUGUAAAUGUGAUAUUUCCGUUUUUUAUUUGUAAUACAUUUGCAAACAUUUCUAAACCUGUUUUUGCUUUGUCAUUAUGGGGUAUUGUGUGUAGAUUGAAACAAAAACAAUUCAUUCCAUUUUAGAAUAAGGCUGUAACAAAACAAAAUGUGGAAAAAGUCAAGGGGUCUGUAUACUUUCCGAAUGGACUGUAUAUGAUAUAUAACAGUGGAGGCUGCUGAGGGGUGGACGGCUCAUCAUAAUGGCUGGAACGGAGCAAAUGGAAUGGCAUCAAACACAUGGAAACCAUGUGUUUGGUAUAUUUGAUACCAUUCCACUCCAGCCACUACCACGAGCCCGUCCUCCACAAUAAAGGUGCCACCAACCUCCUGUGAUAUAUAAUAUAUGUUGCAAUUAAUAUAUAUGUAAUUUCAAACUGUUAUUGUAAGAAAAGCAGGGAAAUGAUUGAUACAGAGCUGUCAUGUCCAUCCAUGAUCGCUCCUGUCGGUUAUUGUUCGCUCUUUGGCCUCAAACCAAGGAGGAAGUAAUGUUGUAUGUUGCUCUGUCUUUUCCCUCCAUCAUAUUGGGUUUUCUGUGACUUCAGGAGCACAAAACCAAAGUGAUGCAGCUGGAGGAGCAUGUGACCAAAGUGAAAAACCGUUACUCUGUCGCCCUGCGCAACCUGGAGCAAAUCAGUGAGGCCAUCCACGCUCAGCGGGGGCGGGGCCAAACUGAAGGUGGACAAACCACGGCCUGUGGUGGGCGGAGUCCCCCUAUUGGGGCGGAGUCGGACAGUGGGGUGUGUGGUGCCGAGGGUGGGGCAUGUGGAGGAGGGGCAAUAGAGACUGACAGGGUGGACAGAAGUGGAGUGGCGUAUAAGAAAAUUGGGCUGGUGGAGAAAUACAGGGAGAACGGGCGAGAGAGGCCCGAGACACAUGGAGAGAGAGCAGGGUCAGAUUCCCUCUCUGUCUUCAGUCUGCAGACCAUCGCUUCCGACCUGGAGAAAUGUGAUUCCAUCGAACACCUUGGGGAAUUUAGCGAUGUGGGCAGUCUGCCUGGGGAGGAUGGAGAGAAUGAGAGGGAGGAGAGAGGGGGAGGGAGGGAAAGAGAAAGAAGGGAAGGACAAAUGCAGCGCCAACAGCACUUCCUGAAGCAACAUCACAGGAGCUUCAGCUUGUGA